AUGUGUAGCAUUGAGGGCCCGCCACUCAAAAAACUGCGACCGCAGCCGCUCACGCCCACAGACCCUAUUCCCAUUUAUUUGGACUACAAUGCCACUACACCACUCUGCAUGGAAUCUUGGAGGGCCAUGUCGGCUAUUGUACCAUUUUCGUGGGGGAACCCCAGUUCAGUCCAUCCAUAUGGUUUGGCGGCAAAAUUUGUGCUGGAUGAGGCGAGGGGGAAAGUAGCAAACGCCAUUCGUGCGGUAACUCCUGCGAAUGUUAUUUUCACUUCGGGUGGGACGGAGGCUAAUAACUUAGCAAUAAUCGGCGGGUUCACGGCAUUGCGGGAACGGUUUCCAAGUCGACACUAUAUAAUUACGACAAACGUUGAGCACCCCGCCGUUGAGGAAGUGUUAAAGUUUUUGGAAAGAGAGCAUUCGGCAGUGGUGAAGGGAGGAGAUAGACGCAUGUCAGGUGGAAAAAAGCAACAGCCACCACCCGUAGAGGUGUACCGCUUCCCUGUCGAUCCUAGGACCGGUUGCGUGCGCACCGACGAGUGGCGCAAACUUCUACUCGAACUUCCGGGUGGCCCACAAAACGUUGCACUAGUAACAGUGAUGCACGCCAACAAUGAAAUUGGUGGUAUUAAUCCUAUUGAUGACCUCGUGAAACUUGUGAAGGAAAUAUGUGGUGAGGAAACACUGUUUCACACUGAUGCAGCACAAUCUAUCGGGAAAGUGCCCGUAAAUGUCAGCGCCAUGCGCGUUGACAUGCUGUCCAUUUGUUCGCACAAAUUCUAUGGCCCAAAGGGUGUUGGUGCGUUAUAUGUCAGGGAUGGUGUGCGUAUACGAAAUAUUCUCUUCGGAGCAAAUCAUGAAAAUGGUGCACGCCCAGGCACAGAGAAUGUGCUCUUGGUAACAGGUAUGGCGGAGGCGCUUCAUGUGGCCUGCAAGAACCUAACCGCAAACGCUGCCACAAUGCGCAAUACUCGCGACGAAUUAUUUCGGGUGAUAAAGCAAGAAGUUUCCAAGGUGGGUAUGGAUUGUGUGUUGAAUGGUGACAUCGACCAUGCUCUUCCUAAUACAUUGAGUGUUGCAUUGUUUAAAGUGACAGAUAGUGGUAAGCGAAGAUACAUUUCCGCCCACGGACUCAUUCAGGCGGUCGGUGAUAAGGUGUGCAUGUCCUCGGGCGCGGCCUGCCAUUCUGCAGAGGAGAACGUUGUUGUUUCCGCCUCACUGCGCAGCGUUGGUGUGGAUUUGGAUCGUGCGGUAGGCACACUCCGUCUUUCUACAGGACGAACAACAACGAUGGCGGAGGUGCGGCGAGCGGCUCGCAUCAUUGUUCGGCGGGCCGUGCAACAGUUCGGUGAGUUUUAG